AUGAACAUCAGGGAAGCGACGAUCGACGACCUGCUGGGCAUGCAGAACUGCAACCUGCACAACCUGCCCGAAAACUACACGCUCCGAUACUACCUCUACCAUGCGCUCACAUGGCCCCAGCUCUCGUACGUCGCCGAAGACGAGAAGCACAGGGUCGUCGGAUACAUCCUCGGCAAGAUGGAGGAGGAGCCCGCCGACGGCAUCCCGCACGGUCACGUCACCAGCAUCAGCGUCCUCCGCUCCUACCGCCGUCUCGGCCUCGCAAACAAGCUCAUGAAGCAGAGUCAGGAGGCCAUGCGCGACGUCUUUGGCGCCAAGUUUGUCUCGCUCCAUGUGCGACAGACCAACCGCGCCGCAAUCGGCCUUUACCGCGAUACGCUGGGCUUCGAGGUGCACGGCGUCGAAAAGGGCUACUACGCCGACGGAGAAGAUGCGCUCCACAUGCGUCUCAACUUUUGA